GCACUCGUCCUGGCGCUGGCGGCCGCCGCAGGAGCCGCAGGUAGGAGCCGGCGGGCAGCUCCCCCCGCCGCCUCGCCGGCCCCGCACCGCCGCGGGGAGGGCGGGCCGGGGGCUGCGGCCGGGGGAGGGGCGGCGGGACCGCGGGCCGGGGCCGGGCCGCACCUGCUGGGGGAGGGGCGGGGCGGGGGCGCUCUCGGGGAGCGGGAGCCGGCGGGAGGGCCGCGUCUUGUCGUGUCGUGUCGUGUCGUGUCGUGUCGUGUCGUGUCGUGUCGUGUCGUGUCGUGUCGUGUCACGCUCCGCUCCGCUCCGCUCCGCCACCGUCUGCGCCGUGCCGGUCUGGGUGCCGCUGCGGAGCGGCCGUCCGUCCGUCCGCAGAGCGGAACGGCGGAGCGGUUGCGGGGCGAGGGCACGGCCUGCUGGCUGCGCUGCGGCCGUCCGCUGCGUACGUGGAGCUUUACCGGCCCCGAGGGGAGCUCGGGCUCCGCGUGCGCUUUCGGAACUGGGCGGCUGUCCCCUGCGUGCGGGUUGUGUUACGCUGCUGACCAACGCGGUGCGUGCGGGAAUCGGGUGUAGCUCGGUUCCUCCCGGCCCCGUUUAGCAGCGUAGCCGCGCUCCCGACGCGGAGCACCCGCAGCCACUCUCACUGGGGCGCAGUGCCGCGUUUGGAGCCCGGAGGCGAUUCGUCGGGCUGGUGCUCUUCCCCCCGCCGAAGCGACACGGGCGCUCGCAGCGCUCUUAGCGGACGGUUCCCGGCCCUUUGCUGCGUGCCUUUGCAGUUCGUCACUGUUCCCCGCUGCCAAAUUUGGUUGGUAGCGGCGCCCUUUGCGCCUCUCUGGGAGCGAUUUCCGCGCGCCCCUCAUCCUCGUCUGCCGUCCGCUCGGAGCUCCUCAGAGAACCGCGGCGUCGCUGGAGGCGCGGCUUCGUUUAGAACAGCGUUUCUUAACGGUCGCGUGGAGUUUGUGUCGGGCAUUAAGUGAGGCGAACGGCUUAACCAGAGGCACCGAGUAACUCUGGGACUCUCAGACGAAAGGAGGUUUGGUUUGGAUGGCGCUGUGCGGCGAUUUCCCCGAAGCGCCGAGCCUGGCGGAGUCGGGCCGCACGCAGCUCAGCUGCAGGCUGUGGUUGGUUGCGUGUUUUCCUGUCGGACGUUUCUCGGAUCUCUCCCGUACACAUUUGAGAAGAGCUUUUAGGAGGCAAAAAAAAAAAAAAAAAAAAAAAGAGUUCUAUUUUUUUCCUCCAAAAGCCCCGUCCUUAAAGAUAGUGCCUUUACGUACGGGGUGGCGUCGCUAUAUUUGGUGACAAAGCCAUAUAAAGCAGUUGAUCCUCGACAGAAAUAAAGUCUUUUGACGGAACGGCCUGGUUGAUUUGUCCAAGCAGGGCUGCUCUGCCCUCCCAGUAGGGUCGGGUGAAGGCACUUUUUCCACCCGCGUGUGCCCUAUGCAUUCCUCACGGCUCUGUGCUCUUGCCCCUGUUCUUUGCCUCUGGUUUUGUUGGUGAGGAUAUCACAGUGAUGUCUGCAUUCAACCUGCUGCAUUUGGUGACAAAGAGCCAGCCAGUGGCCCUGCGAGCCUGUGGGCUUCCCUCAGCUUUCCGUAGCACGUAUCACCAAAGAUGUAUGAUUACAGGUGGCUCUUCACGUGGCCUGAAAGAGAAUAAAAGGUCAUGUAGGGAUAAAAAAGACUGUAAGGUGGUCUUUUCCCAGGAGGAGCUGAGGAAGCGGCUGACACCCUUGCAGUACCAUGUCACUCAGGAGAAGGGGACGGAAAGUGCCUUUGAGGGGGAGUACACACAUCAUAAAGCUCAAGGAAUAUACAAAUGUGUUGUUUGUGGAACUCCUUUAUUCAAGUCAGAAACGAAGUUUGACUCCAAUUCAGGAUGGCCUUCCUUCUAUGAUGUGAUCAGUCCCGAUACAAUCACUCUCACUGAUGAUUUUUCCUAUGGGAUGCAUCGGAUUGAAAUAUCCUGCAGUCAGUGCGGUGCACACCUCGGGCACAUUUUUGAUGAUGGACCUCGUCCAACUGGCAAGAGGUACUGCAUAAACUCUGCUUCGUUAUCCUUCAAACCCGCAGAGAAGAACAGCGCCGGGGAAGGCAGUGGUAGCACCCGUCCUGCCCAAACAGGCAAAGCUGAGCUGUAGGACAUGGCAAGCCCGCGGAGAGCUGCUCUCAUCCCGCACAGCUCACAAGGCAUGUUUUCUGAGUUGCCUGCUACCUUAUAUCCUAAGAAUGUGUAAAUGUAUGAAAGCAUUUUGCACCAUCCUUUUUCUUCCACUCCUUUCUGGAGCCGAGGCCUUGCUGCCAGUGCAUUUUACUAUAUAAUUGGAUUGAAAAAUGCGUUGACUGACUCCACGGGUUUUCUUCUUUUGCUUUCUUUUUCUUUCCUUUUUUUUUUUUUUUUUUUAGAGAUUGUUUUGGGGAAUCCUUAAAUCAAGGGGUUUUGGCACUGUGAGUUAGUAGUUUCUUACCGUAGGUCUGAAUAAUAUUCCUUUUUGUGUGGGAGACGGGAAUUGUGUUUAUCUCCAGUUUAUAGGAAACUUCUGGGCAUAAGAAAUCCCGGAUUCCCAGCACGUCUCUGCUUUGUUCUGACUUGUGAGGCACGCAGCCUUUGGUCAUAUGCAUUCAGCCAUCUCUCAGUAUCAGCCGCACCCUGCAAAGGCUUGUGUUUAUGGCUGUUCCUUCCCAACUAGAAGAGAUGGAUAAGAUGCAGAGCCCAUCCUUUGGCUAACUUACUGCCAAAAUUUCAAGGGUGUGGUUAGAAAGGGUGUAAACAUUGUCUCAGCAUCUGUUUUCCCCUCUGGUAUUCAAAUCGAGGUUCUAACUAGUAAGGCUCACUUACGCAAGCUCCUAAUGUGACUUGGUUGUUUUGUGAGGCCUGAAAUCUGAAUUAAGGCUGAAAUCUGCAGGGGGCCAUUCCAUGGGCAAGCGCAGAGAUGAACCGGGGCACUGCUAGAUAAGGGAUGGCACCAGGCUCUUUAUCUGAUCGGCCGCUUGACAGUAGGAUUCAGACACAGGACCAUUACUGCUAAAAGGAAGCUCAGGAACGCAGCAGGCAGAGGGACACCUGAAGUGCCCUGUCUGACGGUGUGGCCUGGACCUGCACCGCCUGCAGGGCCACGGCCCUUCUUUUGUUCAAUUGCAACGUAGGACACGAGUGCAGAGUUGGUUAAAGAAAUGAAUUGGAAAAAAGCCUAUCAAAGCUCCAGCAGUUUUCAUGUAGCAACAUUUGCCGUCCCAUAAGGUGUUUUUCACAGCUGCUUUUAGAUUUUAGUGAAUAAGUUUGCCUAGAAUUGUGCAUAAUACUGUUUCUUAAGCUAUAACACACAGCAUUUGCUGACACCGCUUUGCCUUUAAGCGUUGAGAGACUUGAUGAAUACAGUAUUCACUUUUAUUAGCAAACCGUGUGACUAACAUAUUUGGAUCCAGUUUUAUUUCCAGGAGGAGCAAAACAACCACUGAUUUUUAUGGAAGCAGGAUUGAGGUUUUUAUGUCGGUGAUAAUAAACACAUUUCCUAGAGUACGAACAUACUUCUGUUAAAAUACAGCAACUGUAAAAGCAUGCAGAACGGCCGGAAUGGCCAAUGCAAAUAACAAAUGCAUGAAAAAAACAUACAGUACCUUCGCUUAGACUACAUGCAAAUCAGAUGAUAGAUACUUAGAGCUGAAAGUGCAGUGAGCACCUACUUGCAUGAGCAUUCCCCCAGAUGUCAUACAAGGAAUUGCUCCUAACAGGGCUGCUCGGACUGACCUGUGCUGCUUCAAGGCAGUCAAGUUCCUCCUGGUCCCACCAGUUUUUAGCAGUUUCUUAGAGAAGGGCUGCUCUGAUCCCUCGCUUUUAUUUAAAGAAAAGUAGGUUUUCUCGACCACAUUUUCUGACAUAAACGUAAAAAAAGGCAGCAUCUAUAAAAAUGUGGUACAUAAAUGUGGUUUAAUUCCAGAUUGCUGUUGGAUUUAAGUGUUAUCAAAUUUCAGUCUAUUUCUGCCUUAUGUUAAAGAAAUAUAUUGCUUAAACUUCAGUAUGCAGUAAUGUGUGCUGUCCUACAGGAGAUUUAUUUUUGCAGGAUAUGGAGUGCAAUGAAAUGAGUCAAUAUGGUGAGGUGUAUGUGAUCUCUGGGAGUUAGACCAUUUAACAUAGGAAAUGCAUUGUUCUCUCUUGUGCGCAAACUAUACCACAGCGCAGGGCAAGGUAAGACAGAUUUCCUUUUAUUGCUUUUAGAAGAUGCUAGGAAGGGCUAGUGUUGAACCCUCCAAAUUUGGUUCGGUCUGGUUAUGAUCACGCCAGAGGAAAUUUGGGAAUAGAGCACAAUGUAUAGAACAAUAGGGGAAUAUUUCUGUAUCUUUACAUUUUGCACUGUCUAGAUGCUUAUGAAAACUGAAUGCAAAUUCUGUAGAAACAGCAAACUAUAUUUUAUAAUAUCUCUAUUGUUACUCAGAUGUUUAAAUAGCAUACCUUAAAAUACCGUGUCACGCGUUAUUUAUAUAUACUAUAUAUAUAAAAAAUGGCACGUUUUUUAUAUAUAUAUAUAUACGUACACAUAUAUCUAUCCGAGUAUAAUUUUAGCUUCAGUACCUUUUUAAUAACUGAGACCUUUCCUUAAAAGAGUUCAAUACUUUUAAGAAAUCAAAUAUACGUUUUUCAAAUUAAAUUUGUUUUCAUAUAUUUGUUGUACACGAAUAUAAAAUAAAUUCCUUUAUAAAUAA